AUGCAACCCCUCGUGCUUCAUCCCGCCAGCGUUGCUUCCGCCCAUUUCGGACAUUCAAGGUACCAGUCGGGCCCCGAGCGGCUAUCGCUGGAGCAAUCCUGGUCAUUCAAUGCUCGGGGAUACAGUCCCCGGGCCUCUCUUCCCCGUCAACUGAUGUCGGGCUCGCCACCGGCUGCAGAGCCUUCCAUUCAUCUGGCCGAGCCCUAUCAUCUCCCACGUUCCUCGCGGCCAGAGACCUCGUCCACCGGCCUCAUCGAGACGGUGGAAAGCCGGACGAGGUCUCUGGGCUCCUCCAUCUCCACCUCGACGGCCACGGCCACAGCCACGCAGACCUCGACACCAUCGCUGCCGGUGCCAUUGGGGUCCACCGGUCCGCCCUUUCUGACCAGCGACUUCCCUUCGCCGUUUGGGCAAGGGCAUGGAGCAUCCUCGUCGACCGCAUUUCACGCCAAUGCCUUGCAGGCCGUGUCGACUGGGCCGCUGUAUGCUAUCGGGGCCCUUGGAUCCCCCAUCCCAGGCUCAGCAAGCAGUCCUCUCGUGCAGAAGCCCACGAGGCGCGCAAAGGCCCACGUAGCCUCCGCCUGCGUCAACUGCAAGAAGAAGCAUCUCGGGUGCGAUGCGGCCCGUCCAUGUCGGCGAUGUGUCGUUGCCGGUAAGGCUUCCUCAUGCGUAGAUGUGACGCACAAGAAACGAGGACGGCCGCCACUCAAAGCUGAAGAUUCAUCGCUGCGCGCAGCGCCCAACACCCAAGUAGAAAGCCUGGCCCGACAACGACCCGAGCCAGCAUCAAUCACUCCGCCACGAUCCGUGGGCCAUCGAACCAGCUCGUCUCGAGAGAUCCGGCCGAUGACGGAUCUCCAUGGCACCAGUCAGCGAGACAGACCCGCCAUGACUCCAUCGACCACUGCACCGCGAAGUCAACCUCAUCGUUGGUCCGCAUCGGUCUUUCCGUUGACUCGACCAUCCGACCCGUCUGCGUCGACCGCCAGCCCAAUGGAGCAAAGACCAGCCUCUUCUUCUUCUUCCUCUGGCCCCAUCGCGUACAUGACACCGACACAUCCCCCUUCGACCUUUGGCCCGCUGAUGAACCCAUUUAACCCGAUGUCCCAGCCCGGUAGCAGCGUGCCCGGGCCGGAGCACAGCUUUCCCAUGUACUCAAAUUCAGUUUUUCCCCUCCCAGCUUCUCCUCUCAAGCAUCGUCCGGCAGAAGGGCGGUAUAUGCCUCUGACCGAUCCUCGCGGCGAUCGUCUACAACAACCGACCCAACGAGAACCGCCGAUGGACAGUCGCGUGUUGCCUGGUAUUCGAGACCGUUAUCAGGAAUCACCCGUCCGACUACCGCCCAUCCGUCCCACCACCACCAGCCCCGGGUCGCCUGCGUAUCCUCAUCAUACUCAUCGUUUGAGUGAUCCUUAUCCGGCAAGCUGGAGCUCAAUGGCAACCGGGGAAUCCUUUCAGGAAAGCAGAUCCCCCGCACAACUUCAACGACCCAUGUCCUCUGCAUUCUCACACUCGCCCGUUCAUCGGCGUUCCACUUCCAUGACUGGUCCCUUGGACCCGACUCCUCGACACACGGGGCCGAUCGAGCUCCCGUCACCACUGGGCUUCAGCAGAUCCUAUUCUCCCGUAUUCCGACUCAGUGAAAACCGGCCCACCGAAGACCGCGAGGAAGAGCAGAAGCCUAUCAAGCGGCGUCGAAUGGCUCUUGAUGAUAUGGUGAACGACUAA